CGCGAGUGGUAGUGAACCUAGUCUGUGGUGCUCUCUAAUAUUUUCACCAGAAAAGUCCGUCUCUGAAGAAAUUAAAUAAUAUAUUUAUGUUAGAAUAACAGUAGUUACAGUGCCCCAGUGUUUAAGUUAAGUACUUUGGGUUUAGUUGCCCUUAAUAGCCUGGAUUUCGUUGAUAUCGUUUUGUUUUGGUUCCGCCAUUAUGGUUUUUUCGUCUGCCGACCUGCGUGAAGUUAAAUCCGCUAUAACCUCCACAUUCAACGAGAAAUUCCUCAACGAAAUUGCGGUCAAGCUGGCUGUUCUGGUAGAAAAACAGUUCGAGGAACAACUGAAAUCUCAUAGGCAAGCCAUCGACACCCUAAGGGAUCAAACAAACAUCCUAGAAGCAGAAAACAGGCGACUCAGGAAGUUCGUUGAUCACAGGGAGCAGUUGGAGCGAAAUCAUAACGUUCGCAUCUUUGGGAUAGAAUUCACGAACGCCUUCGGCAUUGGGAGCAUGGUCUACUCCGGACUGGAGUUCGGCCGAUAUUUUGAGCUGAAAAACAACGUCGACUGCAAAUCGAAUAUCUUGCAGGCCAUCACCCCGGCGGCUAGGAUGCUGCUUACACUUGUCCAGGUCCAGUUUAUCUUCCUGAACAGCAAGGAUGUGGAAUUCAACAAGCACCGAAUAGUAUCAAGAUUUGGUCUGAUGCAUAUGAUAGCUACCAAUCUCUGCGAAUGGUUGUAUGUUCUUGUGGAAGAAACUAAACAUGAAAUAAUACAUCUAGGAGAACAUCAAAACUCCACCAAUUCUUCUUUGAAUCAAAAGUAUUGUCAAGAAGGUCAUGUAAUGGGCUGUUUAGUGACAAAUGCUAGUCCAUUUUUAUUUCCCUGUACCAUAGAGUACAGUCUGAUUUGUGCAGUAAUUCUAUUUGAAAUAUGGAAGAAAAUAAAAAUAGGAGACAAUGCCCAGGAGUACGGGAAGGAAAGAGUAUCUUUCAAAGAUGUUGGCCAAACUAAAAAUAAGCACGAUCGUAUGACCACACACUUUCACUUUAAUUCCUAUGGAGGUAGAAUGUUGAACUCAAACCAUCAUUUUACAGUUGAUUGUUCCAAUGCUCACAGAGGUCUUUUUGCAGGAAUAAUGGUGAUUGUACUCACGAUUAUCUCUCUAAUAAUGUUUUUUGUAUUCACAACUGCAUCCGACAAAGAUAACGAGAAAAACAGAAUCAGAAUCGCUAUGUUCGAAGUGAGUACUGUAGAGCUACUUCUGUACCUCAUCACCACAGUGGCAGUAGGAGUUGCGAUGCUAAAGAUGAGGAAAUUGAAGUAUGACAGAAAGAUUGGAUCUGAAGGUAGUUCAGGCAUCGGACUUGAUAACACACUGCUUGUAGUCGCACAAACUGGUAUGUUCAUCUACUGUAUGUUCUCAAUUAUUGGUAGCUACUUCACCAUAGCUUCUAACAACGUGAUUGAGCUCGUAGCAGAAAUAUUUUCUUUCAUCCAGACGUGCCUUCAGACUAUGUUUGUAUUAGAUGGAUGGUGGAGAAAAUGCAGAAACAUUGAGCAGACCCGAACUAAGCCCGGAAGAGAAAUCAUAACUUUCCUUAUAGUGGCGAAUAUGGCUAUGUGGAUUAUCAAUACUCUGGAGAAGAAUAGAGCCGAGUUUAGACCAACCCAUCUACACUUUUUCGGAGAUUGGGCCUGGACCAUCAUUACGCACAUUUCUAUGCCAAUGGCGAUCUUUUAUAGAUUUCAUUCUACCAUAUGUCUGUUUGAGAUAUGGAAAAGUGCAUACAAGGUCAAAACACCAAUAAAGAAUCCUCUGUUUCCUAUUGUUUAAUGACUUUGUAAACAUCUAUUAUCUAAUCA